UUGUUCCCAUGGCGUCGCCUCCUAGGCUUCCAUGGGGAGCAGUGGAAAGAAGCAAUGGAAGUCUGGGGACAGACUUCAUCCUGCUGGGGUUUUCCGGUCGACCUCAACUGGAGCCCAUCAUCGCUGUGCUUGUCUUCCUCUUCUAUAUGGUGGCUCUGCUAGGAAACUCAGCCAUCAUACUUGUGUCUCACCUAGAUGUCCAGCUCCACACCCCCAUGUAUUUCUUCUUGUCUAAUCUGUCUUUUCUGGAUCUCUGUUACACAACGAGCAUCGUCCCCCAGAUGCUGGUGAACCUGUGGGGUCCGAGCAAGUCCAUUACCUACGCAGGGUGUGUGCUGCAGUUCUUCUCUGCCCUGGUCCUGGGAGCCACGGAGUGUCUUCUGCUGGCCGUGAUGGCCUACGACCGCUACGCUGCUGUCUGUCAGCCUCUGCACUACACGGUCAUAAUGCACCCUCAGCUCUGUCGGAAGAUGGUGCUGACCUGCUGGCUGGGUGGCCUUGGCAGUGCCUUAAUUAUUUGCUCCUUGACCUUGAGAUUGCCAAGAUGUGGGCACCGAGAAGUGGAUCAUUUUUUUUGUGAGAUGCCAGCAUUGAUCAGGAUGGCUUGUGUAUAUUCCAAAGUAAUUGAGUAUGUUGUGUCUGCUCUUGGAGUCGUAUUUCUGCUCACCCCUCUGUCCCUCAUUCUCAUCUCCUAUGGAGUCAUCACUCGAGCUGUGAUGAGGAUCAGAUCAACCACAGGGCGGCGAAAGGUCCUCAAUACCUGUGGUUCCCACCUUACCGUUGUAGCUCUGUUUUAUGGAACAGCCAUUUAUAUGUACAUGAAGCCACCAAAUGCCACGUCCCAGGAGGAGGGAAAGUUCUUCACACUCUUUUACACGAUCAUCACACCCAGCCUUAACCCUCUCAUCUACACAUUAAGAAACAAAGAUGUAAAGACUGCAGUGAAGACAAGAUUAUUGGUCAAAAAAUAUUGAGCAAUGUCAAGAGUUGCACAAAAAUGAACUCAGAGUGUAUAAAGCAAAA